AUGUCGACAUCUUUGGAGAGCUUUGAAUCUGAGGCAGCCCCACUCUCGGCUCUUCCGAUUGAUCAUCUAUUAUCCAAAAUCACGAAGGUAUAUCCUCCUCCUAAGGCAUUAGAUCCGUAUAUUCUCAAGGCAUCCGUGGAUCCAUCAACGAUAACGGCUUGUCUCUGGGCGACAGAUCAAGACCUCCACUUGAUAUCUGCUUGGGCAAGCCGCUGGACGGGACCAAUUUCUCUAUUGCUCACUACAACUGCUGAGCCAUCCUCCCCUCCUCAUACCGCCUUGCUGCGCAGACUCGCUGCUCUCCAACGGCACAGUAUACUCCUCAAUGAGACGCUUUCGGCGCAUAUACUACACCUGACGCGCCCUGCUGGAAACUCCAGCUCUCGCAACCCGGCACCAGCCAACCCUAACGCGUUGCUCAACCUGGCGCGCCUGUUCGCACAGACCUCUCGCGUCGCAUUGUUCCCUGCGAAUAUGUCCACCACGCCACCCAAAACGCUCUACCGCUCGCUGCUUGCCUGGUCGCCGCAGGCAUCGUCUCUCGAAGCUGUCCAGCCGAGACUGACAGCGCGCCGCCCCACAAUCCUGACUUCUCGCGGACAGAGUGGCUUUCCCUUCGCCCCAUUGGCUCCGGUGGUGCUCGGGCGCGACGACCCUCUCUGGUGUACGGAGCGCUUCUUUGUCGGUCCCAGCUCGCCUGAGGGCGGGUCGGCUGCGCGCGCAGCGGAUUGGGAAGAGUGUCUCUGGCAGAUCUGGCUCGAGAACUUCGGCGAUGUCGAGGUUCGGCAGACGCGCGGCUGGUUGCACGACACCUUCCCACUUCAUUCUGAGUAUGUGCCAUCAUCCGAUCCUCCUGCAGUGACUAAAUUGCGCCGACGCUUGGCUGCGAAGUACCGCAGCGAGACCUGUGUCUUGGCUACCCGGCAGCUUGCUGCACUGAGGAGUACCGACAAGGCCCUCGACGCGAAGAAGGCUCGCUGGCUGAAACGCGUAUGUCGCGCGUGGACGAAUGGCGCGAGUCAAAUGUAA